AAAAAAAGCUCUAGUAAACUCAUAGUAAUUUAUUUAGCAAAAAAAACUCAUAGUAAUAUUCUAAGGUGUAUCAAUCAACGGUAAUAAGGCAAGCUUCGACAAUCAAAACGGGCAAGUAAAUAAGCGUGGGCUACAAGCGAGUUUUGAUAUCUGGAAGUUUUCAAGGUUUUAUAUAAGCUUUUGUUGAUGUGGUUGUUUGAGUUGUGGAAAGUUAAAAAUGCAAAUACGGCAGUUUCCAUUAGACUAAUUUAAUGAAACUUCUAUAUUUUGAAAGGCACUUUGUGGGCAAUUAAGACUUGUUUUUAGGUUACGAGAAAGAGCAUAUAAAUAAUCGUAAAAAAAAAAAGUGGGCAAGCUUGAAAGUUGUAAACCCUAAUUUUCUACUUACUUGAAAACGAUGACUAUGUUGUCGGAUCUUACGCAGGAUUUGGUAGAGGAGAUAUUGUCUAAGGUACCGAUAACUUCUCUUGGAGCAGUGAGAUGUACUUGCAAAGGAUGGAACGCUUUAUCCAAAAAUCGGAUUCUAUGUAAAGGAGAACCAAAGCAUCAGUUUCUAGGAUUCAUGAUGAAGAAGUAUAAGCUUUUUUCAAUAAAGUUCGAUCAACAUGGAGUCCUCUACGAAGAUAGUGAUGAAGAAUUCGUUAAACCAUCAAUAAAGGAGAUAGGUAAUUUUAUUAAUCACGUCAAGAUAUCUCAAAUCUAUCACUGCGACGGUUUAUUGUUAUGUGUCACCAUGGAUAACUCAAGGCUUGUGAUUUGGAACCCGUAUCUGGGACAAACCAAGUGGAUCCAUCUCAAAACAAGAACACGAUCCACAUAUGCCCUAGGAUAUGACAAGAACAAGAACAAGAACCACAAGAUAUUGAAGUUUUUCAAUAAUAACCAGGGCUACUACGAAAUUUACGAUGUUAAGUCUAGUUCAUGGAGGACUUUUACUGUCAUUCCCAAAUGGGAUAUUGAUUGUGAUAAGUUGGGCGAAUCGGUAGAUGGGAAUACGUACUUUUGGACUAGAGAAAGAAGAGUAGCUGAAGGGUAUGCAUCUGAUGACCCUUAUUUCUUAAUCUGUUUUGAUUUUACAGCAGAAAUAUUUGGAAAAUUUCAUUUUUUGCCGUUCGGUUCGAGGAAUUUUUCUUGUGUUAAAGAAGAGAAACUAGCAGCUUUAUAUCAACAAUGUCAUACAUCUAUGAUUGAGGUUUGGAUUACCACUAAGAUAGUGCCCGAUGAUGUGUCGUGGACCCUCUUCUUAAGAGUUGACAUUAAGCCACUGGUUGGUCUUGAUUUUCAUUUUUAUGAAAAUAGCUGUUUCUUCAUUGACGUUGAGAAGAAACUCGCCGUGGUUUUUGAUUUAGCUGAAUCUGACAUCUACAAAACGACUAAUUCUUACAUCAUUGGAGAUAAGGAAUACUUGAAAAAAGUGACUCAUGGAAAAUUUAAAGCAUUCCACGCCCCACUUGUGUGCUCUAGCUGUUAUGCUCCAAGUUUAGUGCAAAUUGAUGACCCAAUUGCAAGACGUGAGAGGAACAGGAAGUGGAAGAGCAACAUAAAAGAGUGGAAGAGAAUGAAAAGGAACAAAACACAACAACGCUAACCGCUACGGGCAAAAGGAAACAAGAAAACUUAGUUAUUUUAGGAUCGAUGAUAGCUUAAUUAUCUUAUCAUUCGAUUUUUUUUUUUUUAAUCUUUUCUUUUGCAUUGUUCUUUGAACAAGACUAGCCGAUUAUUAUUUUGUAACUUUUUGAUUAAACAGACAGUUUUAGCUGGUUAGAAACUUUAUCAAGAGAUUUUGAGACAAAUUAUGGUGUCUCUGAUUUCAUUUCUUAAACAAAAAAAAGUAUCAUAAAUAUGAUUGAAGAUCAAGCAUAUCUAUGAUACAAAGUGAUGUAGAAGAUGCAAAUUAACUUUUAAGACUUUUUUCAUUUUAUUCAGGCAUGAGUAAAAAGUUAUUCUCCACCAAUUAAAAUCAAAUCCUUCAUUAUACCAACUAGGCACAAAAGCAUAAAUGAUAUAUAGUAGGACAUAGGUAUCAUGCUUUCUUCAACAUGAAAUAAGCAGAAGAAAACUAAAAAACAAUACCUUCAG